AUGAGACAUGUCUUUGUUGGUAUUGAUCUUUCAACAUCGAUCCUUUCAAAAGAUGUUGAACCUAGUAGAUUACGAGUUGUGAGGGAAUGUCUAUUAAAUUUUGUAAAUAAAUUUUUUGAGCUCAAUCCUCUGUCUGCUAUGGGUCUAAUAAUUGGACGUGACAAGAAAGGCGAUUGCUCUUGUGGAUUUUCAAGUAGUCUUCAAAAAUUGACUGAAGCAUUUAAUUCUCUCAAUGAAGCAUCUUGUGGUGGAACAGAAUUUUCUUUACAUUCAAUGCUGGAAACUGCUUUAAAUCAUUUUAGAAAUGUCCCUGCCCACACAAGCAAAGAAUGUAUUUUUAUUGUUGCAAGUUUGAGUACUAUUGAUGCUUCUAGUUUAAAACAAAUUUAUGAGCAAUUAAAAAUGCAAUCUGUUCGUUGUUCAAUAAUUUCUUUUUUGGCUGAAGUUUAUGCUUUUAAAAAACUUUGUGUUACUACACAAGGAAAGUAUGGAAUAGCUUUAGACAAGGAACAUUUUGACCUUUUACUUACUGAACAUUUACAACCUCCACCUCUCAAACCAAAACAAGGACAUCAAGAUAGUAUUGUAAAAAUGGGGUUUCCAAUUAAAAAGGCGAAGAAAAUUCCUUCUUUUUGUGCUUGUCAUGAAUUGGCUGGUGAUGCUUUAGACCUUUCAAAACAAAAUGAAUAUGCUUAUAUUUGCCCGCAAUGUGGUUCUCAUUAUUGUCAAACUCCUACAACUUGUCGUGUUUGUGGCCUUUUAUUAUUAACUGCACCACAAUUAGCACGUGCUCAUCAACAUUUGGAACCUUUGCCAGCAUUUGUGGAGUCUACACCGAUUGAAGGUUCAACAUGUUUUGCCUGCGAUGAACCUUUACUAUUUGCUUCAAUUAAAGCCUAUUUUUGUAAAAAUUGUAAUGCACAAUUUUGUAUAGAAUGUGAUAUUCUUUUACACGAAUCUUUACAAGUUUGUCCGUCUUGUGACGUGGUAGAAUGCUGUUUUGUUGAACAAACAAGUAUUUUGUGGAGUUUAUCCUCUACGUAA